AUGACGGCCACUGCACAAGACCAUCGCUUCGCCCCCGCACCGCAUCUCUGGGCUCUUGGUGUCGGCGCCGUCAUCAGUGGCGACAUUUUUGGGUGGCAAACCGCGCUGUCGGCUGGGUUCCUUGGCCUGGUCGUCAACCUCGUGAUUGCGUCGGCGCUGUACAUACUCCUGUCGUUCUCGAUCGCCGAGCUGUCGACGUCCAUUCCUUGUGGUGGUGGGCCGUAUGCAUUUGCCCACCGCGCGUUGGGGUCGACCGCGGCAUACUUUGCUGGGCUGGCCGAAGUGCUCAAGGUGGUGGUGACGGUCGCGGUGAUUUCCGUCGGCAUCGGGUCGUACAUGAACCAACUCCUGCGCCUGGAAGAAGGCAAUGGCCCAAUCUGUCUGCACGCAGAGCAUUGA